AUGGCCUCCCCUUCCAUCACCAUCGACCGCAUCCUCGCCGCGGCACCCGCCGUGACGCGCGGCCAGCCCACGCAGCUCUCCGCCGACGCCCAAGGCCAGCGGAUAGCGUACCCGUCCGGCAAGUCCAUCUUUGUCCGCUCCAUCGACGACCCUGCCGACUGCCAACAGUACACCGGCCACACGGCGCCCACCACGGUCGCUCGCUUUGCCCCCAACGGCUUCAAAGUCGCCAGCGGCGACGCGAGCGGCCUCCUGCGCGUCUGGGAGCCCGAGAACGUGGAGCAGACCAAGGGCGAGUACGGCAUCCUCUCUGGCCGCCUAAACGACAUUGGCUGGGACGGAGAGUCGCAGCGUCUCAUCGCCGUCGGCGACGGCAAGGAGCAGUUUGGCCGCUGCAUCACCGCCGACAGCGGCAAUUCCGUCGGCGAGAUCAUCGGACACUCCAAGGCCGUCAACGCCGUCGCCGUCAAGGCUCAGCGGCCUUUCCGCGCCGCCACCGUAGCCGACGACGGAAACGUCGUCUUCUACCACGGCGCCCCCUACAAGUUCGACAGGAAGAGCUCGCGGCACAAGGGCUUCGUCCUCGGAGCCGCCUACGCCCCCGACGGAAACGUCUUCGCCACCGUCGGCGCCGACAAGACGAUACAGCUGUACGACGGGAAAACGGGCGAGCACCUGAGGGACGUGGGCCCGGGCGAGCACACCGGCAGCAUCUUUGCCUUGUCCUGGUCGCAGGACGGCAGCAAGUUCGCCACCGCCAGCGCCGACCAGACGGUCAAGCUGUGGGACCUCAAAGGCGGAAGCCUGCUCCAGACCUGGACCUUUGGCCGCGGAGUCGACGUUCGGCACCAGCAGGUCGGCGUCGUCAUCCCCCACGGCCGCGACGACGGCCUCAUCAUCAGCCUGAACCUCGACGGCGACCUCACCUACCUGCACCAAGGCAAGCAGGAGCCCGUCCGGGUGGUCCAGGGACACAACAAGGGCAUCACCGCCUUGACCGCCUCGUCCGACGGAAAGGGCCGCUCGCUGUGGACCGGCAGCUUCGACGGCCGCGUCUGCCACUGGGAUGCGACGACGGGACGGGCCACCGUCGUCGAAGGGGAAUCACACACGAACCAAGUGGCGCAGUUUGCCGUCCAAGGCGCCACUGGCAAGCUGUUCAGCGCCGGCUGGGACGAUACCGUCAAGGCGGUAGAUGAAUCGGCCAAGAGAUUCCUGCCGCAGUCCGUUCGUCUUUCCUCCCAGCCCAAGGGCGUCGCGGCGUCGGACGACGUCGUCUACGUUGCCGCAGCCUCGGGAAUCGCAGCCUACGCCGACGGCAAGCUGCUCAAGGAAACGCCCAUGGACUACGCGCCCGGCGCCAUCGCCUCCUCGGCCGGCUUCGUGGCCGUCGGCGCCGACGAGAACUCGGUACGGAUAUACAAGGCCGGACCCGGCGGGAGCCUGGAGCAGGCCCGGGUCAUCUCGAACCCCACCGGCACCGUGUCGGCCCUCGCCUUCUCCAACGACGGCUCGCAUCUGGCGGCCGGAAACAGCGCCGGCAAGAUUUACGUCUACGAAACGGCUUCCUGGGAACUCGUCGCCGAUCGCUGGUCGGCCCACACGGCCCGCGUCACCUGCAUCUCCUGGGACGAUAGCGGCGCCCAUGCCGUCAGUGGAAGCUUGGACACCAACGUCUUCGUAUGGUGCCUUGAGAAGAAGAACCAAGGCAAGAGGAUCAAGGCGGCCAACGCGCACAAGGAUGGCGUCAACGGCGUCUGCUGGCUCGGCGCCGGCAAGGUUGCGAGCACAGGAGGCGACGCGACCGUCAAGAUCUGGCACGUGCAGCACUUGCCGUAG